GCACUGUCAGACCUGUUUGUCGUUUGGAGACUAUUUUCAUAUGAUACUAUGUAUUCAUCCGCUACGUUAUCUAAAAUUUCCUAUUUAUAUUCAAAUAAGGAUCUUAAUUUUGACUUGGAUAACAUUAUUAUAUUAUAUAAAUUGUUGUUUGUUCAAACAAUCUACAAUUAAUCAGCUUUAUACCUAAAUAACCCCUAGCCUCAUUGCGGGACUACUUUAUUGGAUCCAAUAUUCCCCAAUAAUAAUGGCCAGAUAUUGAGGAGUUUGGCGCGUCUCCUUGGGCCUUAGUUUAUUAUCAGAGAACAUGAAGAAAGUGUAAAUUAUAAAUCAAGCCAAGUACCUGUUGAAUUUAAAACCAGUUUCAAGUGCCAGCAAAAAUUUUGUAUAUACUUUUCCCGGAUGUUCUGUGUGUGAAUUGUGCAUGUGUUUAGUGUCAGAUUGCAAAACGCAAUCAUAGGCUAGCAUAGCAGCCAUCAAGGAUGUAUUCUUAUAACAAUAAUAAACGUACUGUUGAAUUGGUUGGAACAUAAAACAAGAACAUUAUGGAAGUAUGAUGGGUGUUCAAGUAGGCCCACCUACUCAACUGUAGGCCUCUCUGAUGCUUCGUUUUGUUAUUUAUGGGAUCAUGAAAGGAACCCCCAUGACAAUGGUAGGCAGUAAUUUAAGAUGAACGGUGAAAUUCCAAGUGUCCCUAUAACAACACUGGCAGGCAUUGCAAGCCUAACAGACUUGCUGCCGGAAAUGCCACUUCCCUCCCCACUCCCCCAGACCCUGAGUAACAAGUCGCUACUGUUUCAUCCCCGUGUUGCCGAGGAGGCGCACAUUUUAUUGAGUUUGCGAGAUGAAGCUCUUGUGCCCCAGUUGGUGCAGUCUUUAGCCCAAACCUCCGCUGAUCACAUAGAAUUGAAGGACCAUUACACAGGGACAGAACCUCCAGUUGAAGAACAAAAUACUCCAGAACUUCUUAAAGCAAUUUUACAUAGGAAUCCACAAGUGUUCAAAGGUCCUGUAGUUAAUUCUGCAAGAGGCCACAGUCAACCUUCAACAGAAGUGAACCAUGCAGCAACUGCUUCUCGUCAAACUCCACAACCAUCCCCAACACCAACACCCACACCCACGCUUGUGUCAACACCCGCUCUUACACCCACCCCUCCUGCUAACAGCAAUGUCUGUGAUAACACCCGGAAACCUGUUACGCCGCGAAUACUGAACAGUGCGAGUGCUAAGUCUUUAGUACAAGAAGUGAACCAAGUAAAACCAGAACUAUCACCCUCUACUGCACAAAAAUCUGUACUGGUGCCUCCUUCGGAAACAAGUAGCUGUGUUGCGACCAAUGGCGUCGUCACUCCGCGAAGAGAGAACAACAUUACCCCUCCUCCAGCUUCCAGCAUACCUCGGGCCAACCCUCUCUCGUCAAGCUUGCCAGACUCAUCGCCAGCACAGGCAAGUAUGGCUCCUGUACAGGAGAACAAAGAACCAAUUUUAGUGGUUAAACCAGAAACGCCGAUCUCAACACCAAAAUUGAUGGAGCCCAAAGUUAUGCUCAAUAGGAUAAGACCUGAAGAUCCAUUAAUGAAGAACAUUAAAGAAAAUAGUGACAAAUCCCCGUCAAGAGAGUUGACUCUGAGAAACCAUAAAAGGCUGAGAAUCGAAUCUGAUGACGAGAGCGAUGAGGAACCUCGGAAUAAAACUAAAUAUUUCAAAGCCAGAGACAAAGAAAGGGAACUCCAGAGGCGGAAAGAGAAAGACCUGAGUAAGAAAACUGAAAACGACGAAGAUUACAUUGAUGGUGCUAAACAUUGGUCAAAAAGGAGACGAACCUCAAGAAAACCUGAACCAGAAGUUGAAGAUGAUAAUUCAAACGACUCCUCCUCUCACACGCCAAAGACCAAACUUCGGAAAGUCGAACGGAAGCUGGUACCUGUCCUUGAGAAACUAAGUGUAGAAGAACUAAUGGAGACGAAUACAUACCAGAGGUUCAAUCGCUCUAUUGAGAAAAUAUUCAACAACACAGACGACAUUGAUCUCACCAUGGAUCCAGGCGAUGAAGAGGAGGUGCCAUCAGAAGCUAUGAUUCCCAAGUACCAACUGCAAGACCUGUGUGGAGAAGCAGCUAAACUGAAGACCCUCGGAGCCAUGGAGUCCAUCCCCUCAGAACGGAUCACGAGGUUGCUGAGUAUCCUUGAGAAGAACAUCAGGGACGGCACUAAAGUCUCCCCUUUGGCAGACCCGAAUGAUGAUGAAGAUGAGCGCAAGCUAUGGAUGGAACUGGCCAUGGAGAGGGUGAUGAGAGCUGUGGAUGCUUCUCUAACAACCCUCUACAUCCUAACAUCCCCCAACAUGCACAAGAGGGUUUACCUGGAAGAUGUGAUAGAUAGGGUGGUCAUAUUCACCAAAUAUCAACUACUGAACACCAUUUAUCCAUCUUUUGAUCCGGUCUACAGAGAUAUCAAAGAUAAAGAUGGGUUCGUAGCAAAUAUGCGGAAGAAGAGAGCACACACAAAGGAGGUGAGAGAGAAGAGCGUGUUAUCUCUCUACAACAAGCUAGCCGAGGUGGUGUCUCUACUAGCAGAACUGUUGAGUAUCCAGACUCUCACAGAUACAGCAGUUCUCCACAUAUCUUCCAUGGGUGUGUCACCGUUCUUUGUUGAAGGCGUCAGCGAACUUCAGCUGUCUGCCCUCAAACUCGUGACUAAUAUCUUCACCAAGUAUGAGAAACAUCGGAAGCUUCUACUUGACGACAUUCUGGCAUCUAUGGCUCGACUACCCAGCUCCAAACGCAGUCUGCGUUCCUACCGACUCAACUCUGAAGAGCAGAUUCAAAUGUUGACAGCUCUGGUAUUGCAGCUGAUCCAAUGUAUGGUGGUGCUACCUGUCAACCUUGGCCAAGACAAACAGCUGGAUCCAGACUCGGUGAUAUCCAACAAGUUCGUAAUGGCGCGUACGAUAGCCUCCAACUUCUUGUAUGUGUUCCUUGCUAAGUGUAGCAGCAAGAGUGAGGAGAUUGACUAUCGACCACUGUUUGAGAACUUUGUUCAGGAUCUUCUGACAACGGUCAACAAACCAGAGUGGCCAGCCGCUGAACUCAUGCUCAGUGUGCUUGGAAAUCUUCUGGUGACCAGUUUUGUCAACAAGAGCCUAGAGAUGCCACUGAGGGUUGUUUCUCUGGACUAUCUGGGUGUCGUGGCUGCAAGGUUACGCAAAGACGCUGUCCAGUCUAACCUCAAACUGACUAUGAUAGAUCAAAUCAUUAAUGAAAUUAGAUCUGAGGAGCAAAAAGACGAUGAUGGAAAUUUGAAGACUGAUGUAACACCGGUGCAAGACGACGAAGAAAGAACACAGUUCCUGCAAAAGGUUCUAUUGGACUACCUUGCAGUGAGGGGGCAAGGCGACCCUGCGCAUACCUACGCCAGACACUUCUACUUGGCACAAUGGUACCAGGAUAACAUCAAAAAUAUUAACACAUCGCCUAAGAUCAAACCCAAGAAUGAUGAUGCCAAGCGAGGAAACUCCAGGAAUAGAAAACAACCUGAUACCUAUGAAGAAGAGUCUAGUGAGAAUGAUGAGGAUGAUGAGGAAAGGAAGAGAGGUGAUGGUGAGACUGUAGAUCCGUUGGAAACUUACCGGUUAACAGAAGCGAGGAAAAAGUUUCUCCUGAGUAAAAUCCGCCCCUUUGAAGAUUCCGUUUGCAAAGAAGGCAUGAAGAAUCAGGUCCUUCAGACUUAUAUUGAUUAUGACAGUGCUGAGCUGGUUUCCCGCUACCUAGCGUCUAAGAGGCCGUUUUCUCAAAGCUUCUCUACCUACUUAAAACAUAUACUGACAGUGCUAUCCGAGUCAUCAGUUCUGAUCCGUACAAAGGCCAUGAAGUGCCUCACUUCCAUUGUAGAAGUUGACCCGGCAGUUCUUGGACUCAAGGCAAUGCAGGACGGAGUCAACUUUUCCUUUCUUGACCACUCAACUUCAGUGCGAGAAGCUGCUGUCGACCUGGUCGGCAAGUUUGUCCUGAGUCGACCUGAACUCAUUGACAAGUAUUACGACAUGCUUUCAGCCAGAAUAUUGGAUACUGGUGUUAGUGUGAGAAAGAGGGUGAUUAAAAUUUUGAAGGACAUUUGCAUUGAGUAUCCAGAGUUUCCAAAGAUUCCUGAGAUUUGUGUGAAAAUGAUUCGUAGAGUCAAUGAUGAAGAUGGUAUCCGUAAGCUGGUAAUGGAAGUUUUCCAAAAUAUGUGGUUUACGCCGGUGAAGCAAAAGCCCAACGUAGACAAGGAUGUGAUGAUUCGGAAGGUCAUGAACAUUACGGACGUCGUAGCAGCAUCGGAGGACAUGGGUCUGGAGUGGUUCGAACAACUGCUCGUCAGUCUGUUCAAACCUAAAGAGGACAAGGAAGACUCCACAAAAGUGUCUCAUGAACACAGCAAAGCCCUGAUGUUGGCUUGCAAGCAGAUCGUGGACUGUCUGAUAGAUCAUGUGUUGAACCUGGACGGUCGCGGAGGUGGGUCGUCUCAGAGGCUGAUUGCUUGUCUGCGAACUCUCCAUCUGUUUGCUAAGAUCAAACCUCAGUUGCUAGUAGAACAUGCAAUCACUUUGCAGCCCUACCUCAGUCUUAAAUGCCAGACUCAAGGAGACUACCAAAUCAUCAGUUCAGUGGCUCGAACGUUGGAAAUCAUUGUUCCUCUGAUUGAACAUCCGAGUGAAUCGUUCUUGGCGAGGCUCGAGGAAGACUCGGUCAAACUGAUCAUGAGGCAAGACCAAUCUGUCAUAAUGAGCUGUGUGUCUUGCCUCGGUUCUGUGGUGAACAAUGUUACUCGCAACUACAAGCUGAUACGCGACUGUCUCUUACAAUAUCAUGGAUACCUGUUCUUCUACAAGAAACGGGCAAUGGAUGGACAUGAAGAUGAAGUAGUAAAAAAACAACCACUAAUCAAAAGGUCACUGUACAUAGUUGGGCUACUUCUGAGAUUCUUUGACUUCACUGAUAAAGAAGUUUUGGAUGGUUUCCCUGAGAAAACCAGAGACCAAGUUUUUGAAACACUUCUCUUCUACUUGCAUCAGAGGGAUCUGAAAGGUUUCACUCUCAAGGCCAUUGGUUUUGUUUGUAUUCGCCACUAUGAGCUCAUGUUGGGCCCUGAUCUCAAAACUCUCUACCACGAGAUCCUCCGAGAUGCUGAUUCUCCUCGAGAUCUUAAAGUUCAGGUUUUGAGCAAUAUCGAACAAUACUUGCAAGAAGAAGAGAGACGGAUGAUCAAACAAGAUCAAGAAUGGGCAAAGCUGUCAAAACAAGAGAACCUGAAGGAGAUGGGUGACAUCUCAUCUGGCAUGGCCAGUACUGUGAUACAACUGUACCUGAAGGAGAUUUUAGAGGCUUUCUUGCAUCCGAAUGUAGGAGUAAGGCAAGCAGCACUAAAGGUCAUACAGCUGAUCUUAUCCCAAGGCUUAGUCCAUCCUGUCCAGAUUGUACCAUACUUGAUCUGUAUGAGCACUGAUGAGGAGCGUCUUGUAAGUGGAAGUGCUGAUAAACAGCUGCAGGAGAUUGAGAAAAAGUACCCAGGGUUCAUCCAUAUGAAGGCACAGAUGGGCAUCAGGCUGUCAUACAAGCUGCAGCAGAUCUUACAAGCCAAGAACGAAGCAGUACGGGGAUUUCGGCUGAAGGAGGGGGAGAUGCCUGCAGCUCUCAAUGGUUUCCUUUAUUCCAUCUUGCGCACAAAACAACAACGCCGCGCCCUCACACUGUCAAUCCUCAAGCAGUUUGACGAACAAGUGAAAACAAGUUUGUCGCAAAUGCUGUUCCUAGCUGACAACAUGGCCUACUUCCCUUACCAAGUUCAAGAUGAGCCUUUAUUCAUCAUUCACCACAUAGACAUCAUGAUCUCUGUCACAGGCACAAACCUUCUCCAGUCCUUCAGAGAGGCUUUGCUUCCAAGCCCCAACUCUGGUACGCCUCAGAUAGACCCUGCAACGGGGGCUGUCUUCAGGCUGUUAGAUGAUGAGGAGGAUGAAGAUGAUGAAGACGUCCUCCUCAGUCGAGUGCCUGACGACGCUGGCACACUGCAGGAGUGUAUCACUGCGUCUCAGGGCUGCCAUUUGCUUCUUGUCCUCAAACAACACCUCAAGACACUCUACGGAUUCAAUGACAGCAAAAUAACACAGUACUCACCAUCAGAAACUGCCAAAGUCUACGAGAAAGCUGUUAACCGGAAGAGCAACUCUAAAUUCAACCCUAAAGCAACUCUUCAGAAAAUAAAACAAGGAGUUCCGUCAUCUAACCUCGACGAACCUGCAAAGAGGGCUUUGAUUCAGGAGUAUUUGGAGUUCAAGCAACUCAUCAUGAAUCUUGAUCCUGAUGAGGAUGAUGAGGAGGAAGGAGGAACUCCUCAAACUCCGGCCAAGGGAGGACACACGACGCGGACAUCGCAGGUAUCGGACCACGGGACGCCGGGACACACCCACGACACCCGGACUUCUGCUACUGAUGACCGGGUCUCAGAACAAACUCCUCACCCGCCACCAGCGGAAGCCACCCCGCCCCCGAGAGUCCCCAAGCUGACAAUUGUCCCGCCAAAACCACCGGAUGGAAAACACGUUCACCAUCAUCGUUCCCACAAGACCCGCAAGACUGAACGACACAAAAAACACCACCACAAGAGGAAGAAGUCCAAGCUGAGAAGUUCGGAAGACGAAAGUGACAAUGAUUACAGUGACCCUGACUUUCUAGUGUAGGAACACAUUCCAGUGCAGGUGGCAUCGGUACAGUGCACAAACAUAAACACAAACUAUUUCAGUGUUGCUUAGAGUGCGAUGCCAGACACCAACACUCAUGUCUUGUAGAAAGUUAAGUAUUUUCGUAUUUCGGGUCUCCAAAGAAAUUUUUAUUACCGAUUGUAACUGUGAGGGUUCAUUAUAAAUUGGUAUAUUUUGGAUAUAUAUAUAUACGGUAUAUAUAUCUUUAUUAUCGAUAAUGUUAAUAGUAAUUAAUCGACUGUACAUUAUUUAUUUAUACGUCGAGUACUGGAAAGUCUCGGAUCGCAAUUUUCAGUACAUAGUCAACCUCGUAGUACGAAUUGUAAAUUAUGAAUUUAUAUUUGCCUUUGCGUUCUAACUGGCCUUUAGUUCGUUUAAAACAUUGAUUUAUAUUUUAUAAUUAUAUUAUUUUAAAAUAAAAAUGAAUAGAGGUGUGCGGAUAGUGAAAUUUCGGUUUAAUUCAAUUGACUUUUAUUUGACCUGGGGUAGUUAUUUUCUGCUUUAUUUCUGUUUGAUCCAGAUCAAUCGAAUCGUAAACAGCUGAUAAAAAAACUACAUGAGAUAUCAGUAUUGCAUCAUACAGCUUCUUCUUUGAGCUCCCGAAUAUUUUAGGCUUGGCAAAAGUAAAACUCAAAAAAGAAAUAUUAAAUACAAGGUUAAAUUUAAUGUUUGGUGUUACUUUGAAUGUUAAUAUUUAACUUCACUGCCCUUUGUCAUGUGUCUAAUGUGUCGAUGGUGUAUUUAAAGUAACCGUCUUGUUUUUGAUUCAUCAGAUUGCAGUACUGCAUGUUACAUUAGUAUAUCAAUUGUUAAUACAGUUUUAUUUUUUAUUCAAUUAUUUUUCACAGUGCAUAUGAAUGUUUUGAUACUUGUUUAGAUAGACAACUCGUCGACCGCUGUUAGGUUGUUGGAAACGUUAUGCUGUAAUUUUGUCCUGGGUAAUUAAAUUAAUGUGGGUUAAGAAGAUUUUUUUCUGUACAAAAUAUCAAAAUACAUAGUCUAUUUGAAAAAGUUGAAUAUCUAAUGGAUGGUGUCGGUUACCAAAUUUGAACCGGAUCCAACCCAAUUUUUUGGAUGUUCGCACACCUCUAAAAAUCAAUACUCACUCAAGUUUCAACAAUGUACGUUUUGCACAUUCGAUCACUUUUGUUUUAUAUAAAAGAUUAUUUAUUAUAAUAUAAUAAUAAAUAAUUAUAAUUUAAAAAGUUAAAAAUUUUUUAUACAACACAUAAUAGAGGCAAUCAAGCAACUUGAGAAAGCAACAACUAUAAACGAAUAAUUUGUUAAACAUAAUGAAUAUUAUACAUUAGAGUUUCACUGAGAUAAUGAUUAUAUUCCAAUAUUAAGAUAUUAUUCUUGAUUUUGUUUAAAUUCAUGGCAUAAUUUCACCAAAGGCCUGAUUAUAAGCAUAUUCCUAUUGAAAUUCACUGCUACACACAGAAAUUACAGAUUUUCAGUGAGUUGUAUUGUUGAACAAUAAAUUGGCUUAGUGCAAACUUACUUAAGUGUAUUCAUUAACAAACUAAGCAACUCGUUAUGGAUGAUAAUAAACCAAUUGUUUUGACUCUUGGUAAAUACUAUUUGUAAUGUUGGUGAACUUUUGCCCUAAAUCAUUGUCAUGUUAACUGAACUGGGUAGAGAUUGAGAUUGCCUUACUGAAAUUCUGUUGUUUUGUUCCGUUGUUGAAAGUUAUUUUGUAAUCACUUAUUCUUGCUAAAUAAAAAAAACUAUGUAUAUAAUAAAGAAAUUAAUUUUGCAUCAUGUAAAAUAAUCUGACAGUCUGAAGAACAUAAUCUUAUCUCAGUGUAAAACUUCAUUCUUUUAUUCCCUUUAUAAUCAAUGUAUUUGUCAAAAAAGGUUUUGUUUCAGGUUGAACAUUUUGUACAAAACAGUUAGUUCAAAGUUGUUACACAGGAAGUGGUUUAGUUUUAAUGAUCGAUGGACUUGCUGCAUAUGCUGGUACACUGUUGGAAAGGUAGUUUAGUUGGUGUCAGAAUUCUUGGAUCAUAAUAUGCUGUAUAAAUCUCUUGUUAAAGUUGUUUGUAAGUUAAAAUGAAAACAAUCUCAAAGUGUUAAGUGGAAAGCAAACUGGGAGGAUCAGUUUCACAAGGCCAAUAUUUACUUUUGUUUGUUUUUUUAUGUUAUCUCUGCUUAAUUUCCCAAUGGACAGAAAAAGACUUGGAUCGAAAAAUUUAACUACUGGAAUCACGUAAGUUAAUAUGUAUACCUUUUACUAUUUUUACUGGUUUGAAAGUUUUGGUUCUACAGUGGUGGCUUGAUGAGUGGAAAUUUAAUGGGCUGAAUGAACUGUUACAGUAGAAUGAUUCAUAUUAAUUUGAGCACUCUUUCUGGAUAAAAGAAAUGUUUGAAUUUCAAAUUUUUAGUCAUCUUAGGAAUAGGGUAUGGUGCAAAAUGUUUCCAUGUGUUCUGUUCAGAAAAUAUGAGGAAUUGUAUAAAUAAAGGGAAUGGGGUUUUAAAAAUAAAAUUUGUGAUUAUUUUACUCAAGUAUAUUGCUCUCUCAAGCCACUACAUAAAGGUACAACUAGAGUUUUAUCAGUAGGCAGAUAAAGCAAAGAAAAGAAUAACAUAUUAUAAUAAAGAAAUACAUAAUAAUAGAUUGUAAUGAAAUAUGUAAGAACGUAUCAUAAUGAAACACAUAAUAAUGGGUUGUAAUGAAAUUCCUAUCAUAAUGAAAUACAUAAUAACCGAUUGUAAUGAAAUUUGUAAGAACGUAUCAUAAUGAAACACAUAAUAAUGGGUUGUAAUGAAAUACAUAAUAAUGGGUUGUAAUGAAAUACAUAAUAACAGAUUGUCAUGAAAUACAUAAUAACAGAUUGUAAUGAAAUACAUAAUAACAGAUUGUAAUGAAAUACAUAAUAACGGAUUGUAAUGAAAUUCGAAAGAACGUAUCAUAAUGAAAUACAUAAUAAUAGAUUGUAAUCAAAUUCGUGAGCUGGUAUCUAGGGGUCUAUGGUACAGAAAAUUUAAGGUCGGUACGGUAUUUUUUAUUUUGUAUCUUGGUUCUCGCUACAAAAACGGUAUGCGGCUACGAGUAUUUUUGCCGUUUUCUUUUCAGGAUUGUAUUUAAACCAUUUUGAACUUUAAUACAUUCACAUUACAAUGAAAAUGGAUAGUAUCUUACAAUAUGGUUUCCUAACAAUUACAGUACAAGGUAAUUAUUUAAACCCUUGACUCAUAACAGGAUUGUGGCAAGAAAAAAACACAGUUAAGAUAAAGGCUUUACUUUACUACUGCCCAUUUUACUACUAAGAUAA